AUGGCUCUAGCCGGGCUCGUCACAGCGGUGAUCGCCAUUGCGCUCGACACCGCGUUUUACUCUACUCAGCCCAUCACAUGGGCCGACCUAAUUUUCCGCCCCGUCAUCACCCCCUUCAACAACCUCGCCUACAACAUUUCGCCCGAGAACCUAGCCCAGCAUGGCCUCCAUCCCUGGUACCAGCACCUGCUCGCCAACAUCCCCAUGCUUCUCGGCCCCGCCACCCUCCUUGCCGUCGUUCGCCCACACCUCUCGCUCCGACUCUACUCGGCGAUUUCGGGCAUCGUCGUCCUCUCCGUCUUCCAGCACCAGGAGGCCCGCUUCCUGCUUCCGACCGUGCCGUUGAUCCUCUCCUCGGUGCGACUACCCAAGAACAAGGCACUAGCGAGGGUGUGGAUGGCCGUGUGGGUCAUCUUCAACCUCUUCUUCGGCAUUCUCAUGGGCAUCUACCAUCAGGGCGGCAUCGUGCCCGCCCAAGUCUUUAUGAGUAGCCAACCCGAUGCGACCCAGGCCAUUUGGUGGAAGACGUACACGCCUCCCAUCUGGCUCCUCAACGGGAAGAACGAGGUGUUGGAGACGCGCGACGUCAUGGGCAUGCGGGGCGACACCCUGUUGGAGGAGCUGGAGCGACUUGCGACGAAUCAAGAGUACCUCAAGGAGAGCAACGGGACGUACCUCAUUGCGCCCACAUCCGCGACGUGGCUAGACCCGUACCUCCCCAAUAAGGGUUUGACGGGUCUACGGUUCCGGGAGGUGUGGCGGACCCGGACGCACCUGAACCUGGACGAUCUCGAUUUCGCCGAGGAUGGCGUGUGGAACACGCUCUCGCGCGUUAUUGGGAGGAGAGGCCUCGCAGCGUGGAGGGUCACCAAGAGCUGCUAA